UUACUCGAAGGCUGCAUAACCUACUCCGCAUCAAUCUUGCAGUAGGUGCUGGUUGGUUCUAUGGCAAGUGGAGAUUUGCCAAGUCUUUGGAUUCAGGUGUUGAACUUAUUCUCUCUCAGCAUGGAACUCGUCUGCAAAAGGAGUUAGGGGAAAUAAUGUUGAGGAAGUACCAGCGUAAUCCGCCUGUAUUACAGCAUGUCUCCAAAUACUUUUACUCUGAAAAUGUUUAUGAUGAUGAUUCAACAGACCAGCCAAAACCAAGAUGGCGUUUUCGGAGUACCUAUGGGGAAAUUUUUUCUUCUCACAGGAUGGAUGGUGAUGACUCUUCCAGUAAGAAAACCCAUUUGAAGAAUACUGAUCCGAGGAUCACUAAUCUUGAGAGAAAGCAAGUUAAUAUAAAUGGUGGUGCUGCUGCUCCUCCUCUAGAGUCAACUGAAGACCCAUUUGAUUGCAUACUCGGACAUCAAGUGAGUGCCGAGGAGAGUUGUCGCCCUGAUGCACCUAGCGCGCUUCCUAGGAGGCAUAAUCAUAGCCACAGACGGUCUCAAUGCAGGCGUCGGAGACAUCACCAUGAGAACAUGGAAGGUUGAGCUUUUUAGUUGGCUAACCUUGGCAAAUUCAAUGAAACUGAUCUGUUACUGGGAUCAGUCUUGCAUGCACCUGUUAAACGUAAUCUCUAGCAAAUCUCUACAUGGAACUGACAUUACCUUAAAGCUGGUUGUAUAAAAUUAUGGCCUGUUGGCUUUUUUUGAUCAUAAACCUAUUUAAUAGAAAAAGGUUUAUGGAUUAACUCAAGGUAAGCUAGCAUUUAAUAUAGGAUGAAAUGUAAUACACGCAGAAUUGAGUUACUCAAUUUGGCAGCAUUUAAGUCCGGUCUGCUAUAUUCUAUUU